GCGCGCGAGGCGUGUCGCGCCUCUAUAGGAAGGGGAAGGGGCUUGCAAAGGAUCCAGCCCAGAGAAGGGAUCCUUCAGAGGAAGCACUAGUAGAUCACCAUGCCAGAGGAGGAGGAGGAGGACGAGGAGGAGGCCCCUGACACGCGUCGGGAACCAAGGAGGACACGUGGGCCAGUGGCUGAACCCGGAGAAGUGACCUUUGAAGACGUGGCGGUCAGUUUCUCAUCGGAGGAAUGGUCCGCCUUGCAGGGCUGGCAGAAGGCGCUGCACAAAGAAGUGAUGCUGGAGAACUACUCUCUGCUGCUUACUUUAGGUCAUUCCAUCCCGUCAAUGGAGUUUUCCUGCUUAAUCUCUCAACUGGAAGGGACCAUUGAGGGCCAGAAACUUGGCUGGGCUGUUGGAGAAGAGGAAUGCGGAGGUGACCUCUCUUUCCCCAAGGAUGUGGAUACACCCUGGCACCUCGAUGUUGACCCCAAGACUGACCGGUGCUUGACCCCAGCCAGCGACGGAGAGGGUGAGUGCCAGAGCAGCCUCCACCUCUGCGCCCUCAUGAAGCUCGUCCAGGAGAUCCCCGAGUUCCUCGGCGGGCAAAACAAAGCCCCCCAAGACCCCGUUUCGGCUUCAGACGCCGAUGACAACGAGGCCAAUAAAGCGCCCAUCGCCGUAAAUGGUCACGAGAAAGAUACAGAGCAAAAGGAGAGCCAAUGGGACCCUUUGGUGGCCCCGAGUCCGGAUUCUGGCCCCGUUGAGGAAGAAGGUGCAGAGACCCAAACCCAAGACACCUGUUGCAAAGAAGACACAACUUUGGCGGGAUCCCUGGUUCACGAGGAAGAGGAGGAUAUGAAAUGCGGAAAGCAAGAAAAUCCGGGCGGAUUUGCAAGCGGAGGCGUUGAACCAAGCAGGGCAAAAGCUGGUGUAGAAGAACAUUCCCAUAAAGGAAGCAAAGCGGAAGAGAAGCCCCUGCGCGGCCUCCUGAAGUGCCUAAAGAACCUCAUUGUCCAUCAUCCCCAACCCGUGUCCCACAGAGAGACCCCCGUCCAGAGGAGGGAAGUGGGGAGCGGAGGGUCCCCCCCCAUCCAAGUUAAAACUGAAGCCACGGAAGAGGAGCAUCUUGCCCAUCAUCCACAACAGGAAGGAACUGGUCUUCCCAUUAAUCCCAAUGGCAAACCCUUCAUUUCCCAGAAAGAGGGCUCUCCGCUUUCAAGAGUUGGAAUUUCGGCAGUGAAAGUCAAGCGGGAGACGGACAGCCCUCCUCUUCGAUACCCAAAUGGACUCGGAUCCAAUAAUAUCCCCAGAAUCAUCGACCAAGGAAAGAGAUCCUUGGGCCUCAAAAUUAAGCAGGAACCUCAUGAGGAUGGAUUGGAGCAGCCCCCCUUUCCAGCCCAGAGGAGACCCCCAAGAGAGGAGGAGGAGGAGGAUGGGCCGUAUCCGCACUCCAGGGUCUCCAGUAGCGGCAGCGCAGAGGCCGGCACGGAUCCGGGCCUUUGGGUCCCCUAUUCGGAAGAGUGGAGCCCGGCCACCAGCCCCCUCCACGGCCUCCUGAAAUGCCUGAAGGGAAUCCCCGCCCCGCGGCCCCCCGUUUCCGGAAUGUUCUUGGGGAAAAGAGGGGCAGGAGACGGGAAAGAGAGGAGGAAAGGAGGAAGGAGAGCAAGGCUGGAAUGCAGUGAAUGGGCAACCCCAGAGAAGAUGCCCCCUUGCCCCACAUCUCCGGCAGCAUCCAGCUGUGGAUCCGGCAACGCUUUGCAAGGCCUGAAGGACCUUGCUCUCCACGCAACCCCAAGCCAGCCCUGUUCGCCGGCCCUCUGCUCCUCCAUCGGCAGCUCCCCAGACCGGCUCCCCAGACGGAUCCCGGAGAAGGCGAAAGGCACGAGAAAGGAGGACGGACCUGGUCGAUCCAGCGCUCCUCUGCAAGGGAUGGAGAGAUGCCUGAGAGAGCUGGCCGUUGGUUCACAAAGCCAGGCCUCGUCCCCAGCGGUCAGUUGUUCCUCUUUUGGUGGAUCUCCGGAUGGACCACAUCGCUGGACACCGGACGCCGGGAGGUGGCCCUGGAAGGAGGAAGGAAUGAGCCGCAACAGCACCCCUUUGCAAGACUUGGAGCGCUGUUUGAAAGACCUGGCUCCAAGCGGUCAACCAGGUUCGCCGGCCAUCGGUUCGUCCAUCCAUGGAUCCCCAGGUGGACCCCAAAGGUGGACCCCAGAGCCUGGCAGGUGGACACAGAAGGAAGAAGGUCCCAGCCGUAAAGGCACUCCUCUGCAGGGUCUGGAGAACUUCCUGAAGGAGCUUCCCGGGGCAACGAGGAGCCCGUUCUUGCCGGCCAUCGGCUCUACCGUUGGGAGCCCAUCCGACGGUCGUCCCAGGCAAAGCGGCAGGCAAUGCUCCGCAAAGGAGGAAGGCUCUAGUCCCGCUGGGAUCCUGCCUCUUCAAGGCUUAGAGAACUGCCUGAAGGAGAUUCCCAUCCGUGAGAAUAAAAUCCAAAAUUCCACCGCUGUGGCAGCCAGUGCCUCUGUCGGGAAGCCAAGGAGGACAGAACUGGCUUCUCAGAAGCCGUGGAAAGAAGACGGCAUCUCGGGGGGCUCUGUUUCGGACGUCUCUCCCCUCCAUCGGCUGAUGACCUGCCUGAAGGAGAUCCCCAUCCGGAGGCCAAAUUAUCUCAAGACGCCCAGCGUUUCCUCUUCCUCCUCCUCCUCCUCUUCCUCUUCCUCCUCCAGCUGCAGCGAAACCGAGAGGGACCGGCAGAGUCCGGGGACGGGGUCCUGGUGGGACGGCGGACAAGAUUUGUAUCAAGGGUCAGAUGCGGAUGAGGUUGGGAGACGGAAGGAAGCGGACCCCAGGAAAGUGGGGAAGAGCCCACGGGCAGGACUUCCUUCGGAGGAGGAAGCGGGGCUCCCACCCCCGGCCUCCCCCGUCCCCAGCCUGCAGAACGGCUUGAAGGAUCUCGGUGGGAGUCCACCGCUUCACCCCAAAACCCAUUCAUCCAAAUCUGUCCGCACCCAGCCUGGAUUAUGUCCUGCAGGACUCAGAGGCAAUGGGUGUGAUCCAGAGAGAUGCCCCAAAGAAACUGCAUCGGCUGCAUCUGGUCCUUUGAGUAGUUCCUCCAUAUUGACCCAGAACUCCUUGGCGGAAAGAGAUGCCGAGCGCCGGAACCUGGGACUCCAUGCGCAAGAACCAGCGACUGAGAGCAAUCCCCUCCAAGGCCUGAUCCGGUGCCUCAAGGAGAUCUCCCCGAGGGGUCCCAGCCCCGGAUCCCGGUCGGUCAGCAGCUCUCCGGCCAGAACGGCCCAACGAGAACCAAGGCACCGACAAGCGGAUGAAGAAGAGAAGGAGGAAGCGCUGGGAGAAGAAGGAGAAGAAUUCAAUGCACGGAAAGAUCUAGUGGAGAACAUGAAGGAAAAACCCAGAAGCAGAAUUGGUGGAGACCCGUUACUCCCGAAGAAGCCUUCGAAGAGGACGCCAUCCCCUGAAGUUGGCAGCAGCCACAAAAGUGCCAGCCCCACAGUGACUUCCGUUUGUGGCCCCAAAGGGAGUGAGUAUCCGUGUGCCAGGAGUCGGACUUCACCUGCACCGAAGCCUCGUGUGCCAGAAUGGAGCGGUUCCAGCUCACCCAAAAACGGAGAGAAAAGUCCCCUGGCGACAGCCAGGGCCGACGACAGCCCAGCUUCGGUGGUGACGUCCAGCAGUUUUGAACCCCGAACCGAGCCAGGAAACUCUUCGAAGAAAAGGUGUCUCGACUCGUCUCUGUCCCAGGACCGUUGGGGAAACGGGGGCGAAGGGCAGCGGUCCGAGCUGGGCCCCGUUUUGUCGGAGACGCUGGGCCGGCUCUCGGCGGACAUGAGCGCGGUGUCGCGGGACGUCUCCCGCCUGCAGAGCCACCUGGAGCGGCUGGAGCAGGACGCCCGGGGCUGGGUGCUGGAGCUGGCCUCUCUGCGGAUGGAGAACCGCAGCCUCCUCGAGUACGCCCGCCAGACCGAGUCCCGCUGCCGCACGCUGGAGAGCCGCUCCCGCCGCAACAACCUGCGCCUGCUGGGCCUGCCGGAGGGUGCCGAGGGCGGUGACGCCGUCUCCUUCUUGCGCCGGACCCUCCUCCCGCCGGUGCUGGGGACGACCCUGGAGAUCGAGAGCGCCCGGAGGGUCCAUGCCGCCUCCAGGCCCCGGCCGCUCGUCUUCCGCCUGCUGCGCUUCGCGGACAAAGCGGCCCUCUUGCAAGCCGCCCGGUCGCGGCCGCUCAGCUUCGCCGGGGCUCCACUCACUCUCGUUCCGGAUGCCUGCCCCUCGCUCUCCCGGCGCCACAGGAUCCCCUUCUCGGCCUUCCGACACCCCUCGUUCUUCGGCCCCCGACCCUCCUGUUGCUGCCUUCGGCCUCCCCACGGCUCGCGGCAACCGACGGCGUGCAACUCCUUAAGUGACAGGGACAGCAGGGUUUCUAAAGGACCGGAUCCUUUGACAGGACCAAGGUGCCUCAACGGGUGUCAGGGUGCAGGGAACAGCAAACAACACGACCCAUGAGGCUGUGCUGCGGUAGGGUCUCGAAGAAUGGGUAGAACUGGCUGCUUGUUUACAGUUGAUUUGGAAUGGGCUUCUUAGGCUGGAUCUACAUAAUGAUGUGUCAGUGUGGAGGUCAGGUUGCAUCUUGUGUGGGGUUUCUUCAACCUCCAUCAAUCAUCUUCUCCAGCACCCUGAUGAAUUGCAAUCCUCCAUCACACCAAUUCCUCUGUUCAAUGUCAGACUCAAACACAUCCGUAGUCUGAAGUCCAGACAUUUAUUCAAUAUCUAUAAACAUAUUUACAAAGCAUAGCAAAAGCCAUCGCUCUGAGCUGACAUUCUUCUUCAGCCUCUUGCCUCGGCAAGCACCAGCUCAACACACACAGAGAUAAGAAAGCACAUUCCUCAGUUCGAAGGAAGUUCCUGACCUCCAAAGCCGGAAAUCAUGCCUGAUAGGUCAUAGCAGUCACAACAGGCUGUCAGUCAAAACUAGCCUGCUGUUAACUGUUUCAUUACUGAAACACACACUCUUGCCUAACAGCAGAAAACACUCGAUUUACAUUUCAUACACAUACAACCAUAAUCCAACAUGAUGAUGUUGAUAAUGAUAAUAAUAAUAACACCAAUAACACUGUAUUUAUAUUCCGCCCUUCUCCCCAAGGGGACUCAAAGCAGAUUACCGUAUAUAAAUUGGGCUGGGCUGUGGCGCAGCUGGCUAGUAACCAGCUGCAAUAAAUCACUAUUGACAGAGAGGUCAUGAGUUCGAAGCCCGGGUUGGGUUAAGCCCCCGACCAUUAAAUAGCCCGGCUUGCUGUUGACCCAUGCGGCCCAAAAGACAGUUGUAUCUGUCAAGUAGGAAAUUUAGGUACGCUUUAUGCGGGAGGCUAAUUUAACUAAUUUACAGCACCAUAAAACUGCCAGCAAUAUGCCGGAAAGGAAUGAGGAAGUACAGCCACUAGUGGACGGUGAAGCAACAGCUCCCCCUGUGGCCGGAAUCGUGAAGCUGGAAUUGUUAAAUGCCUCUGUGUGUGUCUGUAUGUUGUUUGAGAGCAUUGAAUGUUUGCCAUAUAUAUAUAUAUGUUUAUUGUAAUCUGCCCUGAAUCCCCUUUGGGGUGAGAAAGAAGGGCGGAAUAUAAAUACUGUAAGUAAGUAAAUAAACACACACAGGCAAAUAUUCAGUGCUUUGCUACAAUGUGCCACACAUUGUUGUCAUUUCAUGGUCACGUGACUGGCAUGACCGCUUGGAGAGUCUUUUUGCCUUUUCACACCGAAGCAGUACUUAUUUAUCUACUCACAUUUUCAUGUUUUUGAACUGCUAGGUUGGCAGGAGCUAGAGCUAACAGCAGGAGCUCAUCCCAUCCCGCGGAUUUGAACUGCCAGCCUUCAGGUCAGCAGUUCAGCAGCACAAGGGUUUAACCAAUUGUGUCGCCGCAGCCCCUUCCCCAUAUCCCAAGAUCUAAUCCCACCACUAUGUACUACAAUUUCUGUUCCUGGGUUAUAAAUGUCAUUUGUUUUUGCCCGAGGGACAUCAUCCUGACAGCAGCACAUUUUCCUCUCGUUUUCCAAUGAAUAUCUCAUGAUAAGAGUCUCAACCAGGUCAACAUACCAUAUACAGUAGAGUCUCACUUAUCCAAGAUAAACGGGCCGGCAGAACCUUGGAUAAGCGAAAAUCUUGGAUAAUAAGGAGGGAUUAAGAAAAAAAAACCUAUUAAACAUAAAAUUACAUUAUGAUUUUACAAAUGAAGCACCAAAACAUCAUGUUUUACAAGAAAUUGACAGAAAAAAGCAGUUCAAUACUCAGUAGUGUUAUGUAGUAAUUACUGUACAGUAGAGUCUCACUUAUUCAAGCUAAACGGGCCGGCAGAAGCUUGGAUAAGCGAAUAUUUUGGAUAAUAAGGAGGGAUUAAGGAAAAGCCUAUUAAACAUCAAAUUAGGUUAUGAUUUUACAAAUUAAGCACCAAAACAUCAUGUUAUACAAUAAAUUGGACAGAAAAAGUAGUUCAACAAGCAGUAAUGUUAUGUUGCAAUUACUGUAUUUACGAAUUUAGCACCAAAAUAUCACGAUAUUUUGAAAACAUACAAAAAUGGCUUGGAUAAUCCAGAAGCUUGGAUAAGCGAGGCUUGGAUAAGUGAGACUCGUACUGUAUUUACGAAUUUAGCACCAAAACGUUGCAACAUUGACUACAAAAACAUUGACUACUAAAAGGCAGACUGCUUUGGAUAAUACAGAACCUUGGAUAAGUGAAACCUGGAUAAGUGAGACUCUACUGUAUACUUGAAUAUGAACCGACGCACCUCAUUUUACCACAAAAGAUUGGGAAAACUUACUGACCCAAGUAUAAGACAAGGGUGGGAAAUGUAGCAUCUACUGAUAAAUUAUAAAAAAUAGAUACCAAUAAAAUUCUAUUAAUUGAGGCUAAAUGUUUUUGAAUAUUUACAUAAAACUAAUUUAAGAUAAAACUGCUUAACUCUGAUUACCGUAUACAGUAGAGUCUCACUUAUCCAACAUAAACGGGCCAGCAGAACGUUGGAUAAGCGAAUAUGUUGGAUAAUAAGGAGAGAUUAAGGAGAAGCCUAUUAAACAUCAAAUUAGGUUAUGAUUUUACAAAUUAAGCACCAAAACAUCAUGUUAUACAACAAAUUUGACAGAAAAAGUAGUUCAAUAUGCAAUAAUGCUUUGUAGUAAUUACUGUAUUUACGAAUUUAGCACCAAAAUAUCACGAUGUAUUGAAAACAUUGACUACAAAAAUGUGUUGGAUAAUCCAGAACGUUGGAUAAGCAAGUGUUGGAUAAGUGAGACUCUACUGUAUACUCAAGUACAGUAGAAUCUCACUUAUCCAAGCCUCGCUUCUGGAUAAUCCAAGCCAUUUUUGUAGUCAAUGUUUUCAAUAUAUCAUGAUAUUUUGGUGCUAAAUUCGUAAGUACAGUAAUUACAACAUUACAUUACUGCCCAUUAAACUACGUUUUCUGUCAAAUGUAUAUAUAUAAAACGGUAAUGAAAUUUCGGCCUAGGACAAAACAACAAAACUACACAUCCCAGAAGCACUAAACUUGGCAGCACAACCCCUCAUCCAUGCCUCUAUGUUCAUACAACAAACAGCUCCAGCUACUCCAGAAAACGGCCAGGCUUUGAGACUGCAAGGCUAUUCACUGCUAUUCCACCUGGCCAACAAAGGAUUCCCAUAAGCCACAGCAAAGCUAGUUUGUUAUAUAACAUGUUUUGGUGCUUAAUUUGUAAAAUCAUAACCUAAUUUGAUGUUUAAUAGGCUUUUCCUUAAUCCCUCCUUAUUAUCCAAGAUAUUUGCUUAUCCAAGCUUUUGCCGGCCUGUUUAGCUUGGAUAAGUGAGACUCUACUGUAUAAGUCAACUUGAAUACAGUAGAGUCUCACUUAUCCAACACUCGCUUAUCCAACAUUCUGGAUUAUCCAAUGCAUUUUUGGAGUCAAUGUUUUCAAUAUAUCAUGAUAUUUUGGUGCUAAAUUCAUAAAUACAGUAAUUACUACAUAGCAUUACUGCGUAUAGAACUACUUUUUCUGCCAAAUUUGUUGUCUAACAUGAUGUUUUGGUGCUUCAUUUGUAAAAUCAUAACCUAAUUUGAUGUUUAAUAGGCUUUUCCUUAAUGCCUCCUUAUUAUCCAACAUAUUUGCUUAUCCAACACUCUGCCAGCCCGUUUAUGUUGGAUAAGUGAGACUCUACUGUAUAAGCCAAUGAGGACCCUCACUCGAGUAUAAGCCGAGGGGAGUUUUUCAGCCCUUAAAAAGAGCUGAAAAUGUGUCUUAUACUCGAGUAUAUACAGUACUUUGUGGCAGCCACAAAAACAAAGUUUCUGGAGUAGAACAACUAUUUUCAAAUUAAGAGUUGCACAAUUUGACAAAAAUAACACUUCCAAAUCGGGAACAUAACAUGUUUUUUUUUGGCAGUAUAGACCCAAAUAAUCCAGUUCAAAGCAGACCCUGGGAUAUCGAGUAGCGUAGAUCCAGCCUUAGGAAAAUCAGUGCGAUCGCUGUAGCCCAGCCUUCUUUCCCAAUGUGAUUUUUCCCAUUCGUAUUGGACUCCCACUCCCAUCAUCCCCAACCCGUGAAGCGUUCUGGUGGUUGCUCUCCAUCCCUGUGUGAAUGGGGAAUAACAUGAAGGACUGAAAGAGAGGAUCAGGCGAAAACACAUUUUCCAAGAUGUGUUCGUUUCUAUAUAUAUAUAUAUUUUAAUGUAUUCCGUAAAGAUAUUUUAUAUUGGGAUUUUGUUCCUAUGUCUCGUUGUUAAUGUACCUUACACCUUGGUGGUGAGAGUUGGCUAUAAAUAUAUGAAUAAUAAAAGAAAAAUAAUGAAAGCUGAGCCUCUGGUUGGCGUGAUGUGGAGCCUUCUUCUCUGGGGAUUUUUAAGCUGAAGCUGGAUGGCCAUCUGUCGGGAGGGCUUGGAUUGUGUCUUCCUGCCUGGCAAAAGGGACUGGAUGGCCUUCUUUGGGAUCUUCUCCAACUCUUAAGAGUCUGCUACUUUGAACCCAAAUCCAAGUUGAUAUUUUGCAGAACUUUUACAGAAUGGGGGUCCUUUUGACACCACUCGGACUGAAGUACAAGGUGACAAAAUAAUGGUAUUUACGUAAUAAUAAUAAUAAUAAUAAUAAUAAUAAUAAUAAUAAUAAUAAUAAUAAUAAUAAGUGGCUUUGCAUGCAGCUCAAGGCAGGGUACGAUAUCCAUAAAACAAGAGGUAAAUGCACUAUUAAAACGCAUAUUUAUUUACAUUUAUUUUAUUUAUUUACAGUAUUUAUAUUCUGCCCUUCUCACCCCGAAGGGACUCAGGGCGGAUCACGUCAUGUACAUAUAGGGCAAACAUUCAAUGCCUUUAACAUAGAACAAAGACAAGACAAACAUAGACUCCGAGCUGGCCUCGAACUCAUGACCUCUUGGUCAGAGUGAUUUGUUGCAGCUGGCUGGCUGCUCACCAGCCUGCGCCACAGCCCGGACCCAGUAUUUAUAUUCCACCUUUCUCACCCUGAAGGGGACUCAGGGUGGAUCAGAGAACAUACAUAUGCGGCAAACAUUCAAUGCUGUUUAUGCGCUGACAACACAGUCAAUGGUACAUGGAUAGAGGUAUGUAUAGGCUUUUCCCAUCUUCAGCAUCUUAGGCUUGUGCUCGGUUUCGGCGAAUGGGGGGUGCUGUCGCUCCAUCUCCUUACCAAAGAGCUUGCUUUGUAAUUUCCUCCUUUGAUCUAAUCGCUGGCAUUUUUCUGGCAUUUCCUUAUGGGUGCCUUAAAAUACCUCCCUGCUAUUAAGCAGUAUCUAUUUAUCUACUCACAUUUUGCUUUCAAAUCGAUAGGUAGGCAGAAGCUGGGCUAAAGGCCAGGAGCUCACCUUGACGUGGGCUUCAAACUGUCAACCUUUCGACUGACAAGAUUUUACUACAGCUGAUGGUUUAACCUGCUGAGCUAAAGCCCAGCAUACAGUUAAUGUGGGAUUUGUGUAUUGAUAGUGUUUAAAUGCAAUUUGUGUCUUGGUUUGUAUGGCAAACUGAUUGCAUCAUCCAGAGUGUACUAUAGUCUGGAAAGACUUAAUUACUGAGAAGCUGUGAUGACGUCAAAGACGACCCAGACUGUUAUAUGGAUAAAGUAGGAGGAUAUUGGACGAACGGAUUUUAAGCAUAUGUUUUAUAUUUUAUACUGUAUUUAAUUGGUUGUAAUAUAUUUUUAUAUGUUGUUGUUUUUAAUGAUGUAUCAGCAUCGAAUUGUUGCCAAUUGUACGCCGCCCUGAGUCCCUUUGGGUGAGAAGGGCGGGAUAGAAAUAUUGGAAAUAAAUAAAUAAAUAAAUAAAUGUG